UGUCAUUCAGGCUACAGUUACAAAAUGAAACUACAAGUCCCAGUGUGCAUUGCUUCUCUACGUCCGUUUUUACGUAAUGGACAGCUCCCCGGAUGCGGCUGUGAUUGACUAUACCAGGCAAAAAGAGAUCGAAAGCCAAGUGGCGGUGCUGCAGCCCCAGUGGUCGUAGGCAGGAUGCAGACCAUAAAGUGUGUGGUGGUGGGCGACGGGGCAGUGGGUAAAACAUGUCUACUCAUCUCUUACACCACCAAUGCCUUCCCCGAAGAGUACAUCCCCACAGUGUUUGACAACUACAGCGCCCAGAUGAGUGUGGACGGCCGCACCGUUAGCCUCAACCUGUGGGACACAGCUGGCCAAGAGGAAUACGACCGCCUUCGCACACUCUCCUAUCCCCAGACCAAUGUCUUCAUCAUAUGCUUUUCCAUCGGCAGCCCUUCCUCCCAUGCCAAUGUCAGGCACAAGUGGCACCCAGAGGUGUCUCACCACUGCCCCAAUGUGCCUAUCCUGCUUGUGGGCACCAAGAAGGACCUGAGGGGUGAUGCGGAAACGGUGAAGAAGCUGAAGGAGCAGGGCCUUGCCCCUACCACCCAGCAGCAGGGCAAUGCCUUGGCCAAGCAGAUUGGGGCUGUGAAAUACAUGGAGUGUUCCGCUUUACUGCAGGAAGGUGUCAGGGAGGUGUUUGCAGAUGCUGUGAGAGCAGUGUUGUAUCCAGUCAUUAAAAAGAACGGCAAGAAGUGUGUGCUGUUGUAAUAUACAGUUGCCAGAUUUGGACUGUGGGGAGAGGUGACGGAGAUCCACAGAUGCAAAGGAAGGCUGAGAAACGAAGGUUGUCAACUGGCGCCAACCAUAACACCUUCAGCAGUUUUGAUUUUGUUUUUAGCCCAUCAACUCCUUAAUCAUCUCUUGGAGGAUUUCUCUUCGUUGCAGUCAUCACCAAAGUGACUAUGCCAGAAUGGAGGCAACAGACCUAAUCCCAUUUUUUCUUACAUUUUAACUUUUGGUAUUUACACUUUUUCAAUUUUACAUCUGUUCUAGAUUUAUAGCUUCUCUGCUUUGCCUUAUAAAUUGCUGAUUGUGGUUGUCUCAAGCCAUAACAACAUCCAAACCAAACAACCAAGCUUCCCUGUUUGACUGGAGAAAAGAGAUCUGCCUUUGUUCAGGUAGAGGAAUAAUGACUACCUCACACUCUCACCUAGGUUGCAUCUCAUGACUCUCAAGUAACAUCACCAUUACCAAGUUAUGACUUGCCUAUUUAGACACAAGAAUCAGCCAAGCAGAGGGUGAACAUGUAUUCAUGCAGGUUGCAGACAAGGUGCAAUGAGUCAUGGACAAUUGCCAGUACCCCUUAACCAAUAUACACAGAUUAGAGGUUAAACUGUUGAGCUGCGAUUCCCCUUGUGAUCAUUCUGGCAUGUUUGUCUGGCAGGCUGCCUUUUCAGCCUCUCCCCUUCUCUGACUGCCAUGCAGGAAAGAGCCAGUAGGCCUUUGAAGAUAAGCUGGACCCAUUAAAAGCAGCCGACCAUUUGGCCUCUUCAGUAAAAAAGGAGCAGGUGUCAUAAGGCCCAUGCCAAAUGAACCCACAUUGGUACUGGACUUGAGCCGAUAUCAUCUGGAAGUUGAGCUGCAGUUCUCUUCUGUCAACGUCUUAACUCUAGGGGCUCACACCAAGUGCCAUUAUUAACAUGUCUAAAAAUUAUGUUUUGUUAGUGUUGGGUUAAAGCAAGUGUAUUUUGUCUAAGUAUGUUGAAUUUACCCUGUAAAUGAUUAUUUUUCCUCAAAUGUUUUACCCUACAAGUGUGGUAAUGGCCAAAGGAAUAUAUAUUUUGUAAUAGCUUUUGUUUAUUUGAUCAAUAAGAUGUUUGUGUGUUUAAUACUCGCAUAAGAGUACUCUGUAACAGUUUCCAUUUCACUUACACCAUUACCUUAAAUCUAGUCUGCAGACUGAUUACUGCACAACUGAGUAUAGUAUAUAAUUUGACAAUAUCAGAACAUGCCUGUGCGGGGCUAAAUUCAUAGAUUUCUACAGUGUCUUCAUUUGGUAAGUAUGAUUCGAUCUUAAACGACAGCUUUUAGCUGCCUUGAUGACCACGUAGCGAGGCAGUCUGACUGUUUUGCUAUUUAUGUUACAGCAGUUCAUCUACGAUAUAGAACGUCUUUCAUUUGGUCGGGUGCCUUAUCUAAACCAAAGACCAUAGUCAUGUUCUUCUGUCAAACCUCUAUGUGGUCAUUACAGUACUGCAGCUUCUAAAUACAACUCCAUUCAACUCUGGGUUUCAUUUUGUUUUGUAAAAUUUUCACAUGUAUUCUCUUUUACUUCUUGCCAGUAAACCCACUUGUUUUGCACACUUUGUAAGACACAGGUGCUAAACUGACUUCUUGCAUGGCAAGUCUUGCAUUUCUGAAACAGCACAGUCGUGGCCUACAGCUCUUAACAGAUUGUGGUUAAGAUCCCUGCGCUGCAUGGUGCAGUGCAUAGCAAGGCACAAUCUCAAUAUGCACAAACGGUUAGCAAGAGCUGCAGCGGCGGAACGUGCCUUUUCACAUCUGAGGAGUUCUAUACAUUUCAUAAUGUUUUUAAUGUAAUGUCUGUUUGGUUGUAGCAGCCAAAAUAACACCAACUGUCUACUAUAGUUCUUCUCAUUUGCUCAUUGGAGUAGGGGUAUACUAUAGAACAAAGCAAACUAGUUUUCACACUAGAAUAGCCGAAAAAGCAACAUGAGCGGGAAUUUUUUUGUAACGCGGUUUGAGAUCUGCCACUUGAUGAAGAUUUUCCAGAUUUGUGAGUGGAGUGUUGAAUGUAAGUGCACAAUAUGUCAAAGAGUCAUCUGUGGUGAGCUUUUUUUUUUUUUUCUGGGCCAUGUCGUGAUU